AUGGUGCGACAACUGUUAUCUGUCCAGAUUGAGACGACUACGAGAGCGCGCACUUCGAUGGCUGGCAUCCAGGUUGGGGAUAUCAUUGCUCUGACGAAGAUCGCGAAGGAAAUCCUCGACUACGGGUGGAAUGAGAGGUUGAAUGCAACAAGACAAUAUCAAGAGUUUGGCCAAGAUGUCACCGAUCUUGCUACCAACCUCGAGGUGCUGGCCGAGGUGAUACAGCAGGCAGACCUCAAGCUGCAGACAUUGGGUGCUCGCAGCAGGGCGAGGUUGCGGUGGGACUGGUGCUCGCUCAGUCAAAUCAUUGGGAACUGUGAGCAGACUCUACAAGACUGCUACGUUCUGUUGGAACGCAAUGCCCGAUUCGCAUCGGGAAGCGGUGCUCUGAGGAGCAUCGAGUGGAACGUGCUCGUUCAAGGCGAGGCCGACCAGCUGCGACAGAGGAUCCAACAGCACAACACCAAGAUUCUACUGGCCCUGGCGCCGUUUGAGAUUGAUCUUCUUUCUCGCAUCCAGCAAGACCUCCAGCUCAUCCACCGGGAUCUUGCUGACCGCAUCACUCGUGUGCACGAGGAUGUGCUCAGGAUCCAAGGUGUAAUCAUCCCUGACCUAAGACAGGAGUUGGCCCAACAGGAUGCGCGAGAGCCUCAUUCGAUUGAGGUUCCACUAGACAUUGCCGAUGCAUUCGAACGCGCGUUCAGCACUGUCUCGUUGGAACCCGGCGCAGCGUCACCCGAGCUGAAGGACCUAGCUGAUGCUUUCGUUUUGUUCUUCCGACAGAGCACUGUCUGCUUCAAACAAGGCCUCUUCGCGCGAGACAGGGUGCCACCAGAUGCACAAUAUGUCAACUUGCUCAAAUGCAUCUGGCUAAUGCAGCGACUCAGAGAGUCGACAGAGCUGCAGGAUGCGCCAGCGGACUCACAUUGGCCGUCAUAUGUGACCAAACUCGAGGAUGAACUGUCUGAAGAGUGCCGCCGAUUCGAGCGCGAACUUCUCCCGCCACAAGACCCGCUAUUGACUGCUGAGAUGGUCAUGAUCUGGCCGAUGAAGCGCGAGUCUACUGCACUACACGAGGUGAAGAAGGAAGAGAUGAUGGAGGGAGUCCUGGACAUUAAUGUCAAGCAUGCUUCCGAAGAUCGCGUGAUGAACCUACAGCUGCUAAGGCGGUUGGAGGCGGGCGGUACCGACUUCAGGGUCAACAUCUCUGAGGAAAUGCCGUCACCUAACGCAAAGCUCGAUCCAAUUGACUUCGACAUACGAGGCACAAACUUGACGCCGUUGUACAUAGUCGACGCCAAAGUGCCCUUUGACAUUGUCAUCGAGACGCGGCGCAGAGUGACAAGCCUCCAUUUCCUCAAGCUGAAGGAAGCCCUGAAGUUUCAACACGUUGUGACUAACUUUAGAGUAUUCGGCUAUUCACAAUUCCAUGUUGAGGCCAAGUUUGUCUUUUCAGGACAGAGCGAGCCCGUCCAGGAUGCUUGUGCCCAGAUAUGGAUUCACAAUCCAGUAGAGGGUAGGCUCUUGACAACCGCUGAGUCUCAGCAGGAAGCUCCCUCGCCCGCAUCCGGUGCGCCGCCUGCACCGCUCACAGUUCGAUCUCCCACGAGCAUGAGCGGACGGACUACUUCGACUUAUCAGGACACCUUUUCAAGAAGAGACAGCGUCAUGUCUGCGAUCAUGGAACGGUCGCGCCAAUCAAGCGUCAACUCAAUCCAGCAGAGCCCGCGAGCCGACAAUGGCAUGUUUGCAGACCAGGAAGCGAGACGCUUCAGCGUUGCCAGAACGACCACUCUGUCCACCAUCUCUAGCGCGGCGUCUUACUCGACAGCCCGUACCUCUGUCGGCCCCAACGACUUCUUGCGGCAGAACGGCUCGCCUCCGGAUGAGUCUAGUCUGGCCGGCUAUGGAAUGAGUCGACACUCCAGCAUCUCAGACAGGAGCACUGCUCCGUCCAGACUCGGAGGCACCAUGGCAAAUGGUAGCAGCAGCAGCAGUGAUCAUACCAUGACAAUUGCUACUGGAUCUGGAAACACGGGGAUCCUCCACGUAGAGCCUAUCAAGCCGAUGCUCGUGCUGUUCACUCAACACCGGAAGACGGGUGUCCGAAACAUGGUCACGCUGGAGCUAGACCACCUCACAGAUGUCAAUCCCGAGCGGUGCAACUGCCGGCGGUCUGACCAGAAAGGCCUGGCAUGCCGAGAUGUGUCCUUUGAGCGAAACAAGGGCAAGGCGUACCUCGAAGCACGCAGAUUCGAGCCGGAGAGCGCACAGCAGGCCGAUUGGGACGUGAGUCGCCUGGCGUACGCGCGGCGCAACGAGAUGGCGGCGAAGAAGUCAGCGUGGAAAGGGCUGACGAGAGUCACGCUCACGUUCGCCAACCCCCGAGACAAGGCCAAGUUCACCGGCGGGUGGUGUCGAUGCGCGCAGAGAGGAAAGACAAAGGAGACGGACGAAGAGCGGCGGCAGUGCGUCGUCGACGGCCACCGAGGGCUGAUCGGCGAGGCAAAGGAGUACUAUCUCUCCAAGAUGGUCGAGUUUGAGAACCGGCGCAACACCCGCCAGCCCGUCAUCAUGGGUUUCAGAGAUGACCUGCCCGAGAUGCCCCGAAAGAUCAGGGGAGAUCAGUCGAUAAGCAUCACCGAAGCAUUCAAGGCCGACUCCUUCGAGAAGAAGAUCAACCUCGGUGUCGGAGCUUACCGUGAUGACAAGGGCAAGCCAUACGUCCUGCCCUCCGUGCGCAAGGCGGAAGACAAGGUCAUUGCCUCUCGGAUGAACAAGGAGUAUGCAGGCAUCACCGGUGUUCCCGAGUUCACCACCGCCGGCGCGAAGCUCGCCUACGGUGAGGGCAGCUCCGCCCUCAACCGCGUGGCCGUCACCCAGUCCAUCUCCGGAACGGGUGCGCUGCGAAUCGGCGCCGCAUUCCUCGCCCGCUUCUUCCCCGGCGACAAGACCAUCUACAUCCCCACCCCGUCGUGGGCAAACCACGGCGCCGUCUUCAAGGAUGCCGGCCUGAAGGUCGAGAAGUACAGAUACUACAACAAGGACACCAUCGGCCUCGACUUCGACGGCAUGGUUGCCGACAUCAAGGCUGCUCCCAAAGGCAGCAUGUUCCUGCUCCACGCCUGCGCACACAACCCCACUGGUGUUGACCCCACUCAGGAGCAGUGGCAGGCGAUCGAGGCUGCCAUCAAGGAGGGCGACCACUACGUCUUCUUCGAUAUGGCGUACCAGGGAUUCGCCAGCGGUGAUACCAACAAGGAUGCCUAUGCUCUGCGAUACUUCGUCGAGAAGGGCCACAACCCCGCCCUUGCCCAAUCGUUCGCUAAGAACAUGGGUCUCUACGGCGAGCGUGCUGGUAUCUUCUCCGUCGUCUGCGAGUCCGCCGAGGAGAAGAAGCGCGUCGACUCCCAGAUCAAGAUCCUCGUCCGCCCGAUGUACUCGAACCCGCCCAUCCACGGCGCCCGCAUCGCCGCCGAGAUCCUGAAUAACGCCGAGCUGUACGAGCAGUGGCUCGUCGAGGUCAAGGAGAUGGCGGACCGCAUCAUCAAGAUGCGCGCCCUGCUCAAGGAGAACCUGGAGAAGCUGGGCUCCAAGCACGACUGGUCGCACAUCACCGACCAGAUCGGCAUGUUCGCGUACACUGGUCUGACCCCCGAGGAGAUGGACAAGCUGGCCAAGGAGUACUCCGUCUACGCCACCAAGGACGGCCGCAUCUCGGUGGCUGGCAUCACCUCCGACAAUGUCGGCAGACUGGCUGAGGCCAUCUACGCCGUCAAGGGUUAA